CAGGAAGUCACCCAUGGUGAGGCGAGAGAGAAAAUAGUAUUCAAUUUUAGGAGUUGUGUUAUAUAGACGGUGACCCACUUUGCUUGUGAGAACAGCAGACAAUGGCCUCCGGUGACGGAAUUCAGAUACCGAGCCGCCUGCCGCUGCUGCUGACCCAUGAAGGGGUGCUGCUCCCGGGCUCCACCGUCAGAUUCAGCGUGGACUCUCCGCGGAACAUGCAGCUGGUCAGCCAGCGGCUUCUGAAGGGAACUUCUCUGAAAAGCACUAUCAUAGGAGUGAUUCCCAACACCAGAGACCCAGAGCAAGACACCGACGACCUUCCCAGCUUGCAUAAAAUUGGUACAGCGGGUAUAGCAGUGCAGGUUGUGGGCAGCAACUGGCCAAAGCCUCACUACACCCUCCUCAUCACCGGACUGUGUCGCUUCAGUGUGACAAGUCUGCUGAAGGAGCGACCCUUUGUCCUGGCGGAGGUAAAACAAUUCAAUAUCAAGACAAAGGUGGAACAGCUGGAUAAACUGGAGCAGUACAUGACCCCAGCCUCAGAGGGGGUCACAGCAGAAGAUGGAGAGCUGGGGAAGCUGUCCCACAAGUUCUACCAGGCGGCUGUACAGUUAUUAGGCAUGUUGGACAUGUCUCUUCCAGUGGUGGCUAAGUUCAGGCGUCUGCUGGACAGUCUGCCCAGGGAAACUCUCCCUGAUGUGGUAGCCUCCAUGAUCCGCACCUCAAACAAGGAGAAACUCCAGGUCCUUGAUGCAUUAAGUUUGGAGGAGCGAUUCAAGAAGGCUCUGCCGAUGUUGACCAGACAGAUAGAGGGACUGAAGCUGCUGCAGAAAACCAGAAAAAAAAGUCCUGACAAUGAGAAGACGGUGUUAUCAGUUCGUAAAGGUGGAGUGUUCCCGGGCCAGCAAUUUAACCUGGAUGAGGAAGAUGAAGAUGAGGAUGGCGAUGACACCGCAGCCUUGGAAAGGAAGCUCUACAGAGCCAAAAUGCCUGAAGCUGCACUUAAAGUUUGCCUGAAGGAGCUCAAGAGAUUAAAAAAGAUGCCUCAGUCCAUGCCUGAGUUCGCCCUGACCAGAAACUACUUGGAUCUGAUGGUAGAGUUGCCAUGGAGCAAAAGCACUAAAGGUAAACGAAGCUGAAGGCCACGUUUUCUCCAGGUCCAAAUUAAAAAUAUGUGAGAUUCCUCAGAUUCUGUAAGAGAUCUCUGAUACUACAUUAGUUAUGUCUUUGCACGGUGGCAAAACAGCUAAGAUUGAUGAUGGGUGUGUGAUAGCUUUGGCAAGCCGUCAUUUUGACUUUAAAUUGAAGUUAGCGAUGCUUAACAUGUGUUCACUGAAACUGUGGUGAUAGUUGGGUUGAAUGUAUCAAUGUUAUCACUUUUUUUGGUUGCAAAGUUUUUGCUUAGAAGCAUGUCAGCUGGAGGACUGACCAAAUUAGCCUUUGACAGAUUUU